ACUCAGUAUUACUGUAUAUAACAUUAAGAUAUCUUACGAUUGAAUUUAACGUAUAAAAUGAAAUAACAUAUUUGUGUAAUGUACAAGGGUUUAAGACAGUACAAGUGAUACAUUGUGAUGUGAGUGUGGUCAAGCAAUUAUGUGAAAAGGUAUAGCAGUAAUGUGGCUCCCAGCAGCGCUCUGUUUACUCAGCCAAUUGGGUCUGUCAGCUGGCGGGGUUGACAGCACAGACCCUGACAGCAUUUUCGCCGUGAGUAACGGCACUGUGGAGACGGAGCCAGCCGUACAGCCACACUUUGACAAUGCUACAAAAAGAGAAAACACGGCUGCGGUGGGGCAACCAGCGUAUCUUCACUGUAGGGUGAAAAAUCUCGGAGAUAGAUCUGUAUCAUGGAUCCGGAAACGAGACCUUCACAUCCUCACAGUUGGUGUGCAUACAUACAGUAGCGACGCACGCUUUGCAGCACUUCACACAGAUGGCUCUGACGAGUGGACCCUUCGAGUUGCGCACGCGCAGCCCCGAGAUUCCGGGGCGUAUGAGUGCCAAGUAUCCACAGAGCCUAAGAUAAGUCUAUCUUUCUGGCUUACUGUUGUAGUAUCCAAAGCGGAGAUCCUGUCUGGUCCAGAGUUGUUUGUGAGAGCUGGCUCCGACAUUAACUUGACGUGUAUUGCGCGCCACGCACCAGAUCCACCAAGCUUCAUAUACUGGUAUCGGGGGACAAAUGUGGUAAACUACGCACAGCGUGGUGGCAUCAGUGUUGAGACUGAACAACGGACUCGAACCAGUCGCCUCCUCAUAGCUCGGGCUUCGCCCCGUGACUCCGGAAACUAUACAUGCGCUCCAAGCAGUUCUGAUUCAGCGUCGGUGGUCGUCCACGUGGUUAGCGGUGAGCGUCCGGCUGCAAUGCAAAGCGGGGCCACAAUUUCUGCUCCAACUCUUCUCUGCACAAUAUUCACACUAAUUACCUUCUACUCCCAUAGACAUUUUCUAGCGAAAUUCCUGUAUAACACGCGAUUGCUAACCUUUAUUUCAUUUCAAAAUAAGGCUUUAGCUCCUAGAUGAUACAAUAAAGCAUAAAAUGCAAAUUUAAGUAAGAAACGAAUUACUAUAAUAUAUUUACGUUGAUCUUUUAAUCUGAGUGUAAAUAAAAUUUUAUGUUCGAGCAAUAUAAUAUGUUUUAUGGCGCAUUAUAUUACGAUGUAAUGCCACGCAAUAAAUUUGUAAGGUUCGUUAAUACAAAGUUUGUGUAAAUAAGGUUGAUGCCCGGAAGGUUUGAGAAGUUUUAAUUAAUUUGUACUCAAAGUUGUAUAUAACUUAUUAUUGGAGUCGCUUAGCAACCAUAUAUUAAGACAGCGCCUAAUAAUUAUGGUAUUUUCGACUUUUCUUAUGUCUUUGCGUAGGACCUUAGUUUUUCGUCUUGUUCUAUGCAAGUUUAUACGCACGCAAUGUUCUGUACAAGAUGUGAAAUUAAAUUUACCUUUAUUAUUAAGUGUGUGAUUAUAGUUUUUUUGUUUAUUACCUUAUGUUUAUAUUAUUAUUUUAUAGAACACUAGCGGACUGGACCGACGUCCUGUACACACAUCUUAAAUAAAAUAAAACAACUAAUUAUAAAUCUAAACCAUUCUCGUAACCACUUGAAUACACGAAAAACAGAUACAAACUCGCACAGAAGAUAUAAUAUGCAUAUUAAGAUUGGUUUAAAUUGACUGUAAAGUCUAGUAAAUAAAACAUCAAUUAAGUCUUUUUUUCAUACAACAGCAACGCUAUUGACGAAUACUCCUCCCCUGGCAUCCUGUGGCAUCCCUGUUAAAUCAGAUUAACUUGAUUAGGAUCAAACAAUUAUUCAAUGUUUGAAUUGGGAAUUAAUUCACACUAUUUAAAUUGGUACAGUUUUAAGCAAACAUAUCAAUUCCUUGUUUAUAUUCAAUUAAAUUAUACUCAUCUAUUAUUGUUAUCGGACAUUUUGUUGUUGCUAAAUCAGCUAACAAAUUAUGUACAUAAUCAUUUAAAUGAAUUAAUUCAAUUUGGCCUGUUUGCUGUUUAUGUUUGACUGAUAAAUGAAUGUGGUUUGAUGAAUUUGAUGUAAAUGUUGUCCGGUAGUUAAUUACAAGUGAACAUUGUGUUUCGGGAUUUAUUGAAAUAUGAUAAAAUAAUUUUAAAUGUGUAAUUGUAUGACUCGUUUCAAGGCUGAAUUAUAUCCAAUGAAAGUAAUUUUAUUAGGUUUUCAUGAAGCACAGGAAAAGAGAACCGGAAAUAAUGUAGAAGCUUCCUCAGAUUAUAUUACUUUUGUUAUCUGUAUUGUCUUAUUUGAAACGUACUCGAAUUUGUCAAAGUUUCUAUAUAUCCGCUUUGAUCUGUCAAAAACAUUUGAUUUGAUGUCUUUUGUAUUACUUGUACAACGAAAUUAUACUACUACUAAACAGUUUUGAUGACUAAAAACUCGCUGAAUAUAAUUGUUAACGAAAACAAUUCAACGUAAUAUAACACAGUGGCAAGCUUUGGAAGUUGAUAUUGUCGCUCCGUUAUCGAAUAGUUAAAUGUAAGAAUCGGUUAUGAAAUGAAACUGUUUCUUAUUCCAUACUAUCUCUAGUUUACUUGUAAAUAGUAGAGUCUGUAUUGAAAUGUAAAAUGUAUUUACGAAUUAUGCGUCUUAA